AUGGCAGUUUCACCUCUCAUUGUCCCAUCAGCGGGCUCUGGCGAGAGAAGUGCAAGCAGAUCGAAGCUCUCAAGCGCCGUUCCCAGUGGUAAUGGGACACCUUCUGAUGGUCCAGCUGCAAGUGCCGGCACAACUUAUGAUUUAGCAGAGCAGAUGAACGAAAAUGAGAGAUCUAAAUACGUCAAAGGCAAGAAGCUCGGAGAGGGAACAUAUGCCAACGUUUAUCUGGGCCACCUGAGGACCGAUCCCAAGGUUCUUGUCGCUAUCAAGAAGAUUAAAAUACAAAAAGAAUACACAGAAGGAAUGGCGCCCGAUGCCAUCCGCGAAUUGAAGCACCUUCAAGAAAUCUCCCACCCUAACGUAAUAUCUCUCCUCUCAGUAUUCUCUUCUAAAGACCAAAACCUGAACCUCGUACUCGAAUUUCUACCUCUCGGAGAUCUCGAAAUGCUGAUUAAAGACGUUGAUGGCGUACGCUACGGUGCGGCCGACAUAAAAGCUUGGAUGGGAAUGCUCAGUCGAGCCAUCUGGUUUUGUCACGAAAACUUCGUUCUCCACCGCGAUAUCAAACCAAACAAUCUGUUAAUUGCCGCAGACGGAGAGGUCAAACUUGCAGAUUUCGGUUUGGCGAGAAACUUCGCAGACCCCCAGCGAACCAUGACAUCAAAUGUUAUCACACGUUGGUAUCGACCACCUGAGCUGUUGUUCGGCGCCAGGCAUUAUUCUGGCGCUGUGGAUAUCUGGUCUGUGGGACUUGUAUUUGCCGAAAUGCUUUUAAGAAUCCCAUUUCUAGGUGGUGAAACUGAGGUUCAUCAAGUUUCUUUGAUCUGUCAAGCUAUCGGCACACCAACUGAAGAUAAUUGGCCGGGAGUCACCAAAUUACCAGAAUACACAGUACCCGACCCACCAAACCCAGUAGUUCCACGAGAAAACUACUUGGGCAUGUUUGGAACAGCUGGGCCGGAGGGAGUAGAUUUGUUGAUGAACAUGUUGAUACUGGAUCCCAGUAAAAGAAUCACGGCGAGGCAGGUUUUAGAACAUUCUUGGUGGGCAUCAGAUCCUAAACCUACAAAAAAUCAAGAUCUUCCAAAGAAGAGAGGUGGCGAGGAAAAGAUGGGAGAGGAUUUAAAGAGGAGACUAGGACUAGUCGAUGAUGAUCGGACGAGUAAGGUAGCGAGGAAGUUGGAUUUUUCUUCUAUGAGGUAA